UUUACAGAAGCAACACAACAUAAGACAAAAAUGACUUUUAUCUCCGUAACUAUCAUGGUCCUUGCAUUGUACACAAAUGGCUAUGCAGGUGACAUUUUAUUGACCCAGACUCCUGCAGUUGCCAUGGCACAGUCUGGAGAGUCUGCCACGAUCAGCUGUAAAGCUAGUAGUGCCAUUGACAAUGAUUUAGCCUGGUACCAUCAGAAACCUGGAGAAGCUCCUAAAUUCAUCAUCAACUUUGACAGUGGUUUAACAUCUGGUCGAUUUCAUGGCACUGGAUAUGAUAUUGAUUUCACUCUGACCAUCAGUGGAGUUCAAGCUGAAGAUGCAGGAGAUUACUACUGUCAGCAGCAUGAAGCUGCUCCGUUCACACAGCGAUACAGAGCCAUACACAACCCUCCCUCAGCUGUAGAGAAAGUGAUCUAAACCUGCUUACUGGGGACUUUCACAAAUGUGUUGAAAUACAAUAUUAAUAUUUACCAUGACAAGGAUUAUCAUGACAAACACAGGCCCCCCUCUUCCUCUCUCCUCUUUACGACUCAUGGUUUCUCCUCUGCGGCUGAUGUAUUCCUUUGUAUGGCAUGUGGUGAAUCAACGAAAUGUGAUGCACUAUGGGAAGGUCGAGGAAUUUGUAACUGUGGUGACUGAAGCUGUUCCGAAGUUGCUGAGUUACAAACAGAGGGCUCAACUCAUCCUGGGCCUGAGAGCAAGGAUGAUCUUGGAGAUGUUCCGCAAGGAUUGUCCACCGAACCCUCAGGCCAUCCAAUGUCUCCUGGGAAAGAUGAACAUCAGUGCAUCCGCAGGGCAGCAAGAUAUUGAAGUGGAGGAGUCGCAGGCUAACUUUGUGGCGCUGGUCCAAACCCUUCUGACAAACCCUUAUGAGAGGAAGCACUUCUUCCAGGAGGAGUUCCAUACACAGUAUGGCUCCAAGUAUGACACAGCACUGCAGGCCCUUGUGGGAGGCUUGGUCUUCAGACUGGAACAACUGCUAUCUGUGCCAGAUCUCUCCCAGAUAGCGUCCAUCAUCAGUGCUGCCCCCUCUGACCUGGAGGAGUGUGGACAGUCUGUGUCUGACCCUGAGCACCUGAAGAUCCUCCUCCAGCACCAGAACCUGCUACAUAAAACCCAGUUAAACAGAAAUGGUCCCCCACUUCCUCUCUCCUCUUUGCGAUUAUUGGUUUCUCCUCUGCGGCUGAUGUAUUCCUUUGUAUGGCAUGUGGUGAAUCAACGAAAUGUGAUGCACUAUGGGAAGGUCGAGGAAUUUGUAACUGUGGUGACUGAAGCUGUUCCGAAGUUGCUGAGUUACAAACAGAGGGCUCAACUCAUCCUGGGCCUGAGAGCAAGGAUGAUCUUGGAGUUGUUCCGCAAGGACCCACCCAACCUUCAGGACAUCCAAUGUCUCCUGGAAAAGAUGAACAUCUUGGGGCAGCAAGAUGCAGAAGUGGAGGAGUCGCAGGCUAACUUUGUUGCGCUGGUCCAAACCCUGCUGAAAAAUCCUUAUGAGAGGAAGCACUUCUUCCAGGAGGAGUUCCAUACACAGUAUGGCUCCAAGUAUGACACAGCACUGCAGGCCCUUGUGGGAGGCUUGGUCCUCAGACUGGAACGGCUGCUAUCUGUGCCAGAUCUCUCCCAGAUAGCGUCCAUUAUCAGUGCUGCCCCCUCUGACCUGGAGGAGUGUGGACAGUCUGUGUCUGACCCUGAGCACCUGAAGAUCCUCCUCCAGCACCAGAACCUGCUAAAUAAGAUUCAGUUGGUACCUGUCACGUCCUCUGUAGGGGACUGUGUGCUGUCCUCGCUGUCUUUCCGCUUAACCUGUGGAAUGCAGUCCAUACAGACAGAUUUUUACGAACCAGCGGAAUCAUUAGAAGCCGCUCUAAGCAUCAUGAGCCCUGCCUCCUUCAGUGACUUGGAGGAUCUGGGAAUGAUGCCAGUUGAAUCGGACCACGCUGGAGCAGUAACUACUGUGGAGAGAGAAGAGCAGAAUGCCAGGGAUAACGGAGGUCGGGUGAGAAAUUCAGUAGUCGACAGUGAAGAAGACAAUGCACUGUCAAAGAACGACAUAGUCUCACCUACUCCUCAAAGUGUAAGCAGGCCAGUGGGAGGGGCACCAACAGUAAAGAGCAUGCUGCCAACAGAGAGAGACAAGGAGCUUGCAACACUGAUGAAUACUUUCAUCACCGAAGCCUCUCCUUCACAUAUUGUCACCCCUGCCACAGUCACCAAUGGGAACCAGCCAGAUAACCAGCCGGUCGAGCUAGCGAGUGUCCACCAGUGGGUCUCCCACAUUGCAAGUAACUCGAUUUCGCUCCCUUCCUUGCCACCCCUUCCACAAAACAAUGAUGUAGACCAGGAGAUCCGGUCAGGUGACACGUGUCUUGGAAGCAGUGUGGAAAUUGGGGGUCAGGAAGCAGAAGCCAAUCUCUUUGAGAAGGCUGUUAUCCGAAGGAGACUGCCCAAGCCACAAAGAAUAACGGUACCCUCGAAGAGGAAAAUCCCAGAAGCAACCAUCAUUUGCCAGGAGUGUGGGAAGAGUUUUGUCUAUCCGUCUCAGCUGGAAAAUCACCUCCGCAUUCACACAGGAGAGAAACCUUUCAAGUGCACUGAGUGUGGCAGGGCCUUCAGGUCCUUAGGAGGCAUGACCACUCAUAUGAAAAAUCACUCUGAAGCGCGGCCAUUUAAGUGUGAAAAGUGUGACAAGGGCUUUCGGAAAAAGGCUGACUUGAAGAAUCAUCAGCCCAUCCACACGGGUGCGAAACCACAUAAAUGCACCAUCUGCGGAAAGGGCUUCAGCCAAGCAUUCUAUUGCAGAAUACACAUCCAGUCUCAUGCAAGUGAAAAUAACUUUCCCUGCACUCAUUGUCCGAAGAGAUUCCCAACCCAAUACAAGCUGUCUGUCCACGAGCGCUGGCACACCAUGGAGCGCCCGUUCAUCUGUGAGCAGUGUGGGAUGCGCUUCUUUCAUCCCAGUGGGCUGAAGAGGCACAUGGGCUAUCACAUUGGGAACCGCCCGUUCCUGUGUGCCCAGUGUGGAAAGACUUUUGUUUAUGAGUUUGACCUGAAGAAACACCAAAGGGACCAUGGCCCCAAGCCCAAGAUCCCAUGCCCUGUCUGCCAGAAGGUGUUUGGCAGCAACGGACUCAUCAAGGCCCACAUGUUUACGCACACCUCUGUAAAACCUUACAGAUGUGACAUAUGUGACAAGACCUUUAAACAGAGCAGCAGCUUGAGCAGUCACAAACGUCUGCACACGGGCGAACGCCCUUACCACUGCGACAUGUGUGGGAAGACAUACAAGCUAAAUCAGCACCUGAAGGAGCACAUAAUUGUCCACCACACGGCGGAGGGGCACCCCUGUGACCAGUGUGGAAAGGUCUUCAAGUUACCACGUCUUCUGAAGGCGCAUGAGCGGUUGCACUCAGGAGAGCGAUCUGAACAGACAAGGAAAUACAGUCACACCAGCCGUCGCAGGAGAAAUUCGUCCAAAAUGAGUUGAUUUACUGCACAAUGGCUGCCUUCCAUAGACACUGACUGGAAUGCUAUUUUUAUUAUCCUGACAAAUUGCCAUUAGUUGAAAUAAUAUUUCAAUUUUUUUGUGGUAGACUUUAGAUUUUGGACCAGAAUUCAGGAUUCCUUGAUAGACUGAACAUUGAAAAAUAGUAAAAUGUCUGGCUUAGUUAAUGCAGCAACAAACAUAUCUCCUGUUAGAUAACAAUUAAUGAUUGUGUCAUUAAAACAUAUUUGUUUGUGAUGCUUUUUGGAUAGGUUAUUGAAAUUCCAAUGACAUAAGAUGUAAAUUGACAGCUACUCACAUAUCUCUUUUUGAGAGUAGUCAAUGAUUGCAGGGAGCCUUUACAAAAAAUAUGCACAAAAUUUGGUGUUGGAUAAAGGCAAAUAAAGUCAACAUUGUGUGCCACAA